AUGACACUGAAGUAUCUCAUCACUGGCGCCACUGGCGGCCUAGGCCAGCAGGUCUUGAACUACUUCGUUGAGAAUGUUGCUUCCUGUGAAUUUGCCGCUGCGUCAUCCAACGCCAACAACAAGAAGCUAUUUGAAGAUCGACGAAUUGCCUUCCGUCAUGUUAACUAUGAUGACCUUGAAUCGCUGGAGACCGGAUUUCGUGACGUCGAGAACUUGCUCUUUAUCAGUACAAGUAGUGCGACCAGAAGCGAGCAGCAUGCCAGGGUCAUAAUGGCCGCUAAGACAGCUGGAGUAAAGCAUGUGUGGUAUACCUCACUUGCCUUUGGUGGGUUCACGGACGACUCCAAGGCUCCAGUACAGCAGGACCAUCUUCUUACUGAAAGACUGCUUAAAGAGUCUGGUCUGACAUUUACCUCUAUCCGAGAAGGUAUAUACGCGGAAUGCUUCACCGUUUUUCUUGACUGGUACCCCGACAGAACGACAGUCACACUUCCAGCAGAUGGAGAGGUUGCAUAUGCUCAACGUGCAGAGCUAGGCGAAGCAACCGCGCGCAUCAUGAUACGAGGUGGGUAUGAGAAUCAGAUUGUUCUGUUCACUCCGGAGGAAACAAUCACUGCCAAAGAAAUAGUAGACAUCAUAAACGAGACUACUGGUCGGCAGGUCAAGCUUAACGUGAUCCCACGGGAGAAGUACCUGCAAUUAAGCGGUGCAGAUAACCCGCGUGGCAAGCCGAAGGAGCACUUUCAGAUGAUUGCAACAAUGUGGGACGAGAUUUCAGCGGGCUCCCUACUCACAACGGAUCCGUUGAUGCGCGAGAUUCUCGGAAGAAAGCCUACCACACCUCAGGAUGCUGUAAAGAAACUGUUGAAAGAAAACAGGGAUUAUGUGUUCGUCUAUUAG